CGCGCAGGCGCAGUUCCAUCCCCUCUCCUUUCUCCGUGUGUGACGCGCCGAGCGGCGCCGGUGCGUGUGGCGGAGUUUGACGUGGCACUCUCCAGCAGCAGGGACCCGGACAGAGGAGAAGAGCGCACCCAUCGCCUUUAUUCCAGGUUGCCUGUAGUGGUUCUUCGUGGCAUGAGGAGACAGUGAAAGCCAUCCCUAAGCAACAUGAGUCAACAGGGUUAUGUAGCUGCGCCGCCGUACUCCCAGGCCCAGCCUGGGGCCAUGGGCUAUGGGCCGGGCCCCAACCAGCACACUUAUGGGCACUAUGGGGGCCAGCAACAGGCCUUCUCUCCACCACCACCAGGUGGGAUGAAGUCGCCAGGGUCAAGCCCAGGUGGACCGCCCCCACCGGCACAAAGCCAUUACAAUCCCAACGCCCAGCAGAACGGCUCGCACGCACCGAGUUUCCCAGGUGCCCCAGCUUCCGCGGCGGGCUACGGCGCUCCCCCCCAGACCCAGUACCCUGGCAUGGGCCAGCAGGCUCCGCCUCCCGCAAAGCAGCUCACCAAUCAGAUGGGCGCUAUGAACCUUGGGAACUACGCCCCAGGUCCUAUGCAGAGCCCGCCUCAGGCCAGCCCCGCAGCACCACAGCCGUUCCAGCCCACGUCUCACCCGGGGAUGGGCCCCCAGAUGUCCCCCCACCCGUCGACCCCGGGAGGCAUGCCAAUGACCGGUCCUCCAAUGGCAGGCCACCAAAUGUCUGGUCCACCAAUGGGAGGAUCCCAAAUGCCUGGUCCACCAAUGGGAGGAUCCCAAAUGCCUGGUCCACCAAUGGGAGGAUCCCAAAUGCCUGGUCAGCCAAUGGGAGGAUCCCAAAUGCCUGGUCCACCAAUGGGAGGAUCCCAAAUGACUGGUCCACCAAUGGGAGGAUCCCAAAUGACUGGUCCACCAAUGGCAGGCCAACAAAUGUCUGGUCCACCAAUGGCAGGCCAACAAAUGUCUGGUCCACCAAUGGCAGGCCAACAAAUGUCUGGUCCACCAAUGGCAGGCCAACAAAUGUCUGGUCCACCAAUGGCAGGGAUGGGCGGGCCCUACGCCGGUCCACCUGGCCCAGGAGGGGGGGCCUAUCAGCAGCCGGGCCUGGGACCCAAUAGUCCGUCGGGAUACCCCCAGCAGCAAGGCCAGUUCGGGGGCCAAAUGGCUGGGGGCCAGAUGGCAGGGCCCCAGCCAGGAUUCCCGGGUGCCUUCCCCGGAUCAGCGAUGGCCGGCCCGCCUCAGAAGAAGCUGGACCCUGACUCCAUCCCUAGCCCUACCCAGGUCAUCGAGGACGAUCAGGCCAAGCGAGGAGGACAGGUCUACGCUACCAACGUCAGGGGUCAGGUUCCCCCCUUGGUCACCACCGACUUCACAGUCCAGGACCAAGGUAACGCCAGCCCCCGGUUCAUGCGCUGCACCACCUACACCCUCCCCUGCACCGCCGAGCUGGCCAAACAGUGCCAGGUGCCGUUGGCCACCAUCAUCAAACCCUUCGCCGUCGUGCCAAAGAACGAGACACCUCUUUAUCUAGUGAACCACGGCGAGACCGGGCCCAUCAGGUGCAACCGGUGCAAGGCCUACAUGUGUCCCUACAUGCAGUUCAUCGACGGAGGCCGCCGCUUCCAGUGUGCCUUCUGCAACUGCGUCAACGAAGUGCCCGUGUUCUACUUCCAACACCUGGACCACAUGGGCCGACGGAUGGACUUCUACGAGAGGCCAGAGCUGUCGCUGGGCUCCUACGAGUUCUCAGCCACCUUGGACUACUGCAAGAACAAUAAGCCAGCCAGCGCCCCCGCCUACAUCUUCAUGAUCGACGUGUCCUUCACCAACAUCAAGAGUGGUCUGGUCCGACUGCUGUGUGACGAACUCAAGACUCUGCUGGACAACCUGCCUAGAGAGGAGGGAGCGGAGAGCUCGGCCAUAAAGGUGGGCUUCGUCACCUACAACAAGAUCCUCCAUUUCUACAACGUGAAGAGCGCCCUGGCCCAGCCCCAGAUGAUGGUGGUCUCGGACACGGCUGAGAUGUUCGUGCCCCUGCUGGACGGCUUCCUCGUCAGCUACGCCGAGUCACGAGCCGUCAUCCACAACCUGUUGGAUCAGAUCCCGGACAUGUUCGCGGACACCAACGAGAGUGAGACGGUCUUCGCCCCCGUCAUCCAGGCCGGUGUAGAGGCGCUGAAGGCGGCUGAGUGCAGCGGGAAGCUCUUCAUCUUCCACGCCUCCAUCCCGACCGCUGAGGCACCUGGGAAGUUGAAGAACCGAGACGAUAAGAAGCUGGUCAGCACGGACAAGGAGAAGACGCUGUUCCACCCGGUGAAGGGCGUGUACGAGCAGCUGUCCAAGGACUGUGUGGCUCAGGGCUGCAGCGUGGACCUCUUCCUGUUCCCCAGCCAGUACCUGGACAUCGCCACCAUGGGGGAUGUGCCCGCGCACACCGGGGGCGCCGUCUACAAGUACAGCAACUUCCAGGUGGAGACCGACGGGGAACACUUCUUGAGGGACCUGAGGAAGGAUGUGGAGAAGCCCAUCGGGUUUGACGCCAUCAUGCGCGUCCGCACCAGCACAGGCUUCCGGGCGACGGACUUCUUCGGCGGCGUGUACAUGAACAACACGACGGACGUGGAGCUGGCGGCGGUGGACUGUGACCACGCCAUCACGGUGGAGCUGAAGCACGACGACACGCUCAGCGAGGAGACGGGCGCCUUCAUGCAGUGUGCCUUGCUCUACACCACGGUCGGGGGCCAGAGGCGUCUGCGCGUCCACAACCUCAGUCUGAACUGCAGCUCCCAGCUGAUGGAGCUGUUCAAGAGCUGCGAGACGGACUCGCUCAUCAACUUCUUCGCCAAAACAGCCUACCGUGCCAUCCUGAAGCAGCCACUGAAGAGCGUCCGGGAGAUCCUGGUCAACCAGACCGCCCACAUGCUGGCCUGCUACCGCAAGAACUGUGCCAGCCCCUCUGCCGCCAGCCAGCUGAUCCUGCCCGAGACCAUGAAGGUGUUCCCCGUGUACAUGAACAGCCUGAUGAAGACGGCCCCCCUGGUGGGCAGCACGGAGCUGUCCACGGACGACCGCGCCCACCAGCGGCUGGCCGUCAUGGCCAUGGGCGUGGAGGACACCCAGCUGCUGCUGUACCCCCGCCUCAUCCCACUGCACAACAUGGAGCUGGAGGGCGAGGCGGUGCCGUCGCCGCUGCGCUGCUCCGAGGACCGCCUGUCCGACGGCGGAGCCUUCCUGCUGGAGAACGGCCACGCCCUCUUCCUGUGGCUGGGCCAGGCCUGCCCCCCCGAGCUCAUCCAGGGGCUCUUCAACCUGCCCUCGCUCGCUCACCUGCAGCCCAACACGAAUGUGCUGCCAGAGUUGGACAGCCCCCAGUCCAGGAAGGUCCGGGCCAUCGUCAGCAGCCUGAUGCAGCAGAGACCCAACUCCAUGAAGCUGCAGAUCGUGCGACCCAAGGACAAGCUGGAGGUGCUGUUCCGUCAGUUCCUGGUGGAGGACAAGGGGCUGUACGGCGGCGCCUCCUACAUGGACUUCCUGUGCUACGUCCACCGCGAGAUCAGGACGCUGCUCACCUAACUCCGCCCACCACCCCCGCCACCCCCACCCGUAACCCGGCAACCCCAGGCUGUCCGUCCGUCGUUCGCACAACCCCUGAGUGCGCGCUUGAGUGUGUGUAUGUGUGUGUGUGUCUGUGAGCGAGUGUGUGCGUGUGUUUGUCAGCCUGAGAGUGUGUGUGUGUGUGUGUGUGUGUGUGUGUGUGUGUGUGUGUGUGUGUGUGUGUGUGUGUGUGACUGAGUGUUGACGUCAGGGGACCCCACCUCCACAGGGUCCGUAUCAACGGUUUAGGGUUCAGAAAGGAGCAGACAGACAGCGGGUGUCUGCGGGGUUGGGGCGGGGGGACAAGGGAGCCCUGUUGAUGCUGAGCCUGUGGACUGUGGACUGAAGCUGCCUUGGAAAAAACAAGCUCUGGUUCUUACUGGUUCUAACUGGUUGAACCCCACGGGAACAAGCUCAUUUCUGCUCUGGACUGAGGAACCUUUUAGUCUUGGUUUCCGUCCUGGAGAUUCACAAGGAGGAAGAGGGAGAGGCGGGACCAUCAUAAUGAACCAAUCAUAGCCCACCUCACCCCACCCGGCCGCCCUCCUAGCCAAUCGCCUUGUGCAAUAUAAAGUUAUACUUUGUGAAAGAUUACCAAAAUCUCUCUCUGUCUCUCUCUCUUUGUCUCUCUGUCUCUCUGUCUCUCUAUCUCUCUCUCGCUCUAUCGCUCUAUCGCUCUCUCUCUCUCUCUCUCUCGAACCCUUUAUACAUUUAAAACGGGCAGGUUUGCAAACAAAAAGGGAUAAUUUAAGUUUCCAUUUCUUAUGUUUACAAUUAGUAAGAUUCGCUGUGCCGUUAUUUGUUCCGAAUGAUUCCGAAUGAUAGUAGUACAAAUUAGUUAUUUUGUAAUUCACUACCAAUUAUGAUAUACAUACUUGUAUGAUAUGCUCUAUACAAAUACAUUUCAAAAUCAGAUCACAUUUCCAACCAAAUAGAAAGUAUUUUGCCUUUAAGAAGUAAACUUUACUAUUAAAUCUCUAUUUCAUUAGAUUGUUGAAUGGAAAAGGAAAUAGGUUUCCAGAAUGUAUUUUAGUGUUAAAUCCAAUGCUAUGGAACUAAUUGACGACCCAAAUGUGACUGAAAAAGAUAUUAAUUUGUAUUUCAAAUACUUUUUUUGCGAUAAUAACAUGUUUUUCCUUGGCAACCAGAGGCACACUUAUUUAGAAAAAGUAUUACGAUUUGUUUCGGUUGAAUAUACGUGAGCUAUCGUGCGAAAAGUAGCAACAGAACGCCACAUUGGUUUGCGUUGCAGAGGGCUCCCUCCAUAGGUGAAACAGUGCUACUGCAUGUAGAACCGGGCUGAUUGGGUGCUGAUUAAGCGCUGAUGCGACACACCUGGGGUCCGCUUAUUGAACCUGAAACGAAGUUCAGCCCUGAACUCCUCCAAUGAGAUAAAAACCUUAAACGGAAGAAUCAAGGUGUUUGAUUCUACUUUCUGUUUCACUGUUUUUCCUGAAUAACAGUUAGGUGAGGAUGCUUUCAGGUGAGGGUAGUUUGAUUUUUGUUUUCUGUUCAGGCUCCACUGAGCACCAUUGCUGUAGCAAUGAGUUAUUCUCCCACCAGCUAUAAACCCAAUCACUUAUCAGUGCCAAACUGCCAAACCAUAAUGUAAUAACAACUUUCACCACGCAAUUAUACAUUCCAAUAAUAUAUAUAUAUAUUUUAAUUAUCUCCAACUAAAGCAUUGUGCUAUGUCUUUUACCGUUAGAGGUAUUAAUUAUUAUCCUCCACAUGCUGUUUCUUCUGUCUAAGUGAUAUGACAAGGCAUUUGAUUUAAACAAAGGAAAGCUUAGUUUAACAUGUAGCCUAAUCAAUGAGCUUAUUGGAAAGUUGUCUCCAUGAAGUGUGUAAAAUGUGUGCUAUAUUACCACCAGCCUUAAACGGUAUAAAAACACGGUCCACUAUGGGGUUGUAUGCAAACGUGUCUCAGGUAAAAGUACCUUUACUCUUCUGUACGUCGAAAGGAAGCCCAGCGAUUUCAGUGCAAUUGGAAAGACGGAAUUAAAGAAUAGUGGACUGCUGAGCUGAAUGGUUUGCAAAUGUACAUUUCUAUCAAAUUCCUAUCCAGUUUUUGUUUUUAUUAAAAUCCUGAACAAAAAUAUUGA